ACUCCUCAUCCGGCAGCUCUCUAACGUUUGGGUUUAAUCACUGCGCAUGUCUGCCCCUCUGGCUCAGUGACUGCCUGUCACUCAGCUGCUUAGUCCUCCUGAAACAGUCCUCGACACAACAGAGUGAGAGUUUGAAACCAACAACAGGGAUGAGCUUCAGCAUCGAGGAGCGGGGCCGGCCCAACACCCAGGACCACAGGGUGUUCUUCAAAAACUCUGAGGGUGAAUACAUCUCUCCGUUCCAUGACAUUCCCAUCUACGCAAAUGAAGCUGAGGACAUUUUUCACGCUGUUGUGGAGGUUCCAAGGUGGACUAAUGCAAAGAUGGAGAUUGCCACCAAAGAUCCACUGAACCCACUGAAACAAGACCUGAAGAAGGGGAACCUCCGUUACGUAGCCAACGUGUUUCCUCACAAAGGUUACAUCUGGAAUUAUGGAGCUAUUCCUCAGACAUGGGAAGACCCCAACCACAAGGACGGCGACACAGGAUGCUGUGGAGACAAUGAUCCUAUUGAUAUAUGUGACAUAGGGAAUAAGGUGUGCACACAAGGAGAAAUAAUCAAAGUAAAGGUUUUGGGAACUCUGGCUUUGAUCGACGAGGGUGAAACCGACUGGAAGGUCAUUGUCAUCAACACUGAGGACCCUGAAGCCGCCAACUUUAACAAUAUCGAGGAUGUGAGAAAACUUAAGCCUGGAUAUCUGGAGGCAACGGUUGAUUGGUUCAAGAGAUAUAAAGUCCCAGAUGGGAAACCUGAAAACCAGUUUGCUUUCAAUGGAGAGUUCAAGGACAGGGACUUUGCCAUCAACACAGUGAAGAGCACCCAUGAGUUCUGGAAGGCUCUAAUCUCUAAGAAGACCAGUGCUAGCGACUUAAACUGCAUGAACACCAGUGUAUCUGACAGUCCGUUCUGCUGCUCCGCUGGUGAGGCCGAGGCUGCGGUUAAAUCUACGUGUGCUCCUGGAGCUGAAGAUCCUGUUCCAAGUUCAGUCGACAAAUGGUUCUACUAUGAGAAGUAAGAAGGAAACAUGAAGAUGUGGCUUUUCUGGCCUCCUGUCGUCCUUGGCCUGAUUUCGACUCGGCUGAGCAGCAGAUGAACUGGAAAGACUGGACGUCACGUUUCACCUGCUUAUCUGUUCACACUUGUCGUUGUUGUUGUUCUAAGACCAUGAUUUCAAGCUUGUCAGAUCACUAUAAUAAACCACAAUGAA